GACGACAAAGGGGGAGGGACGGAGGGGAGACGGCGAAUGGGGAGGAAUGGAGGGGGACGGCAAGGGGGGGGGAACGGAGGGGGACGGCGAAGGGGGGAACGGAGGGGGGACGACAAAAGGGGGGGACGGAGGGGGGACGACAAAAGGGGAGGGACGGGGGGGACAACAAAGGGAGGGGGGAACCGAGGGGGGACGACAAAAGGGGAGGGAUGGAUGGGGGACCACAAAGGGGGGGAACGGAGGGGACGACAAAGAAGGAGGAACGGAUGGGGACGACAAAGGGGGAGGAAGUGAGGGAGAACGGCAAAGGGGGGGAAUGGAGGGGGGACGACAAAGGGGGAGGACGGAGGGGGGGGACGUCAAAAGGGGAGGAGCGGGAGAGGGGACGGCAAGGGGGGAGGAACGGAGGGGGACGACAAAGGGGGAGGGACGGAUGGGGAACGACAAAGGGGGGGAACGCAGGGGGGAUGGCAAAGGGGAGGGACGGCUGGGGGACGACAAAGGGGGGGAACGGAGGGGACGACAAAGGGGGAGGAACAGAGGGGGAACGACAAAGAAGGAGGAACGGAUGGUGGACGACAAAGGGGAGGAACGGAGGGGGACGGCGAAGGGGGAAGAAGGGAGGGGGAUGGCAAAAAGGGGGGGACGGAGGGGGGAUGACAAAAGGGGAGGGACGGAGGGGGAGGAACGGAGGGGACGGCAAAGGGGGAGGAAGGCAGGGGGGACCACAAAGGGGGAGGAACGGAGGGGGGACGGCAGAAGGGGGGGGACGGAGGGGGACGACAAAGGGGGAGAGGCGGAUGGGGGACCACAAAGGGGGGGGGAACGGAGGGAACGACAAAGGCGCCAGCGCAAAACGCAACAGCGCGCAAGGCGCCAGAGCGCAAGGCGCCAGCGCGAAACGCGCCAGCCAGCCUGUGGGGGGGGGGGGGGGGGGGGGGGUGUGAGAGAGCGGGCGAGAGGAGAGCGAGUGAGAGAGAGAGAGAGAGCGAGAGAGAGAGAGAGAGAGAGAGAGAGAGAGAGAGAGGAGAGAGAGAGAGAGAGAGAGAGAGAGAGAGGAGUGGACUGGGCGAGAACAGCCCUUAACGGAACAAGCAGGGAAGACGGAAGCGGCCGCCCUCACUAGGACGCUAAGACUAAAUUGGCCUAACCCAU